UAAUACAGUUUGAAUAAAAUUACAUUAUCAAACAACCUUGAAAUGGUUUUCUUUAGUAGCGGCAUUUAAUACAGACAAUAACAUGAUACUUACUUUUAUGUGAUAACAGUUUGCAUAAAAUAUUUGGCCCAUUUAUAAGUCAAUGUUGUAAGUGGAGUUUUUUUGUGGAUUCCUUUGAUUUUGAGUGAUGAAUGUACACAGUGUCUCUGUUCAUAGAGCAUUCUUAGAAGGGUUUGUAAAGAGCAAAUUGCUCAUUCUCCCUUCUGUGUGGAUGUGGAGGGUCCUUCAGAGGAAAAAUAAGUGUGGGUCUGCUUUGUUUAAAGGAGCAGGAAAAGUGGCAGGAUUCAGUCUGAAUGUUGAAUUUCUCUAUUGCAGGAGUUGCAUUUGACAUCCAUCUCCUUAGAUUUGAAACUGGUUCCAGUAAAUGCUCAGGUCUGUGCCUAGCAGAGUGGCCAUUUGCCUUCCACAGGAGGAGCUGGCUUCCCGAGGGGAAGGUGUGCAGUGGCCUGGGGAGGAGGAUCAGCAUUCACAAGAGCUGAUCUGUGAGCCAUCAGUGCUUGUGGAAGGACAGGGACAGGAUGGCCCACAGAGAGAGAGCUCUGCCCUGGCUGCUGCUGCUGUCACUGGCCUUGCUGGGCUGCAGCACCGCAGAGCGGGACUGCCGAGUAAGCAGCUUCAAAGUCAAGGAGAACUUCGACAAGACCAGGUACAGUGGCACCUGGUAUGCUAUGGCAAAAAAAGAUCCUGAGGGGCUGUUUCUGCAGGACAAUGUGGUAGCCCAGUUCAACGUAGAUGAGAAUGGACAAAUGACCGCCACUGCAAAGGGCAGAGUCAGACUCUUCAAUAACUGGGAUGUCUGUGCUGACAUGAUCGGCUCCUUCACUGACACAGAGGAUCCUGCCAAGUUCAAGAUGAAAUACUGGGGUGUUGCCUCUUUUCUGCAGAAAGGAAAUGACGAUCACUGGGUAGUGGACACAGAUUAUGAUACAUAUGCUCUUCAUUACUCCUGCCGCCAGCUAAACGCAGAUGGCACUUGUGCUGACAGCUACUCCUUUGUGUUCUCCCGGGACCCCAAGGGAUUGCCUCCAGAUGCACAGAAAAUUGUCAGACAAAGGCAGAUAGACCUCUGUUUGGACAGAAAAUACAGAGUUAUCACUCAUAAUGGAUUUUGCUCUUAAGGAGGUCCAACCCUGUGGAAAGAAACCAUGCAACAGCACCACGAAUGUAAAGUUAACACACUGAUCAUGUGUUCCCUGGAAAAUGCUUUAAAUGGCUUCAUUCAGAUUUUCAAUAUAUUUAUCUGAGCUGUGUAGCUCACCUUGUUAAUAAACCAAUGAAACAUUUUAAUAAACUUGGAUUACAGGGGAUUCCAA